GCGGAUUGAUCCCGAGGGCGUGUUCACUGCGUUUGCUCAGCACACAAACAGACAGACGCAAAGCGCACUCUGGAAAACUUUUCCCCGCAUUUCUCCCAAAUGGAACAGGUGGAAGCUCUCAGAUAAGUAUGGCUGGGCAGCGGGUUGACUCAACUCUCGACCUGAGCCACCUGACGGAGGAGGAGCAGUCCUCCAUCCUGCAGGUCCUACAGAGAGAUUUGGAGUUGCGUCAUCUCGAUGAAGGUCGAGUAAGGAACCUUGAGCAGACAGAAAAAAAUCUGUCUCGUCUGCGGCUCCUUUCUGGAGAAUGGUUCAGUGAGGAGUACAGUAAACGCCAUUGCAGAUGGACUUCAGGCUCUGACCUCAUUCGGGCCUCCAUACGCCACAGAAAGACAAAGAGCAGAGAUGUGAACUUGAAUAAGCUGUUCAUCGGAGAGAAGGAGGAAACGCCGGUGAACGGCAUCCUUCCUGAGGCAGAAGCACAACAGCAGGACAAAACAGAAGAGGAAAGUGGAAGAGGUGAGGAACAUCUGAAACCUGACUUACUGAGACCUGAAACACCAGCAGACAAUGUUUUGAAUCAUGCGAACAGUUCUCCAUACAAAGAGUGCGAAACAAGAAGUAAUGGCCACUCAGAAGAACCUGAGGAAGACUUCACUGUGGGUGUCAACGGGGACUCAGACUCUCUUAACGGCAGCCUGACAGAGCCAGAUCCAGCUUUUGUGAAAACCAGCAUCUCCAACGGUAGCCUUCAAUCAGGCUACACGCUCGGUGGAAGCAUGAUGAGUCUGUUCAGCUCGGGGGAUUUCGGAGCGGUGGAGGUGAGGGGCCGUAUCCAGUACUCACUGGUUUACGACAAUCACAGGGAGGAGCUCCAGGUGAAAGUGUAUCGCUGUGAGGACAUUGCUUCAGCACGCAAGAACCGCUCCGACCCAUAUGUAAAGAGCUAUCUUUUGCCAGACAAGUCACAUCACAGCAAGAAGAAAACGUCGGUCAAGAAGAAAACAUUAAACCCAGUCUAUGAUCAGACACUCAGAUAUAAAGUUCGCAUCGGGGAGCUGCGCAGUCGAACUCUGAACCUCUCUGUGUGGCACGCUGAACCUCUGGGAAGAAAUGUGUUUCUAGGGGAGGUGGAGGUGGCCCUGGGGCUCUGGGACUGGACCUGCACUGAACCCCUGUGGCAAGAUCUGCAGCCCAGGGUUCACCUGAGUCCAGAGUCUAUCAGCAUUAGAGGGAACAUCAUGUUGUCUAUUAAAUUUUCUCCUGAGGGAUCUGAGGGUGGCGGUUUGCCUUUGACAGGAGAGGUUCACAUCUGGCUCAGAGAAGCUCAAGGUCUCCUGUCUAAGAAAGGAGGCGCUAUUGACUCCUUUGUGAAAAGCUACAUCCUUCCAGAUGUCAGUCGACAGAGCGGUCAGAAGACGCGGGUGGUGAAGCACUCCGUCAGUCCGACAUACAACCACACCAUGGUCUAUGACGGCUUUCAGAGCAGCGACUUGAGGGAGGCCUGUGCUGAGCUCACUGUCUGGCACAGAGACGGACUGAAGACGGACAAUCUGGGAGGGGUUCGUCUGAGCUGUGGAACUGGUCAGAGCUACGGCGAAGUCGUUAGCUGGAUGGACUCCACAGAAGACGAAGUCACCGUGUGGACCUCCAUGAUCGAAAACCCAAACCGCUGGAUCGACAUGACACUGCCGAUCAGAACUAACCUGACACAGCGGCCUGUGUGACCAUAGCAUCUUGCACUCAAACGCUCAUUCAUGUUCCAUCUGUUGGACUGAUGGGAGAAACCCCUUGUUAUUGGCACAUGUAACCUCUCUGUUAUGAUGUACACAGACACUCACACAGAAAAUGAAGUCAGUAGUUGUGCAAUAUUCUUAAAGUAUAGGAAUAAGUCAGGUGUCUGCAGAUGUCUGCAUUUUAAAAUUUACUUUAUUCACUCUGUGAAAAACCCCCCAUUUAUAAUCAAUUGCAGUUUAUUCAUUUAAUAUUAAAUGUAAUCUAUAAAUUAAUGAUUGUUCUUGUUGACACUUAUAGCCGGAAGCAUAAAAAUAAAAACAUAGUUUUUACUGGAUAACAGCAGACACCCAAUGUUAAUAUUAUUUUCCUGUUUGUAUUAGGGCUGUUACAUUCUUUUCAAUCAUCUUUGACUCUGUUAGUAAAAAUAAGUUUUAUAUUAUUUUAUUAAUGACUCAUUUGUAAAUACAUUUGAAUGAUUCUCAUCGCCAUCUUGUGUUUGAACCUCACAACUACACUCUUUGUAACGAAAUUAUUUAAAUGACUACAUGGUUAAUAGCCUAACCAGAAGAUAAGGUCCUGUAAUGUUACACUUUUACAAAAGAAGGUGUUUAAAUGUCAACCCUAAUUUCUCUAUUCUUUCCUUAUCAAAGAGACAGUUGAUGACAGAAUCGCAGUCUGAACCUAUACAGGUGUCGUCCAGCAGAUGGCAAUGACAGGUUUUUUUUGCUGUCAUCUGAGAAGAUAUGAGAAUAAAAAAAUAGCUUUAAAAGGACUACUCUGUAAAAGUAGAUGGGUUUUUAACUGGGUGCAAUAAAUCUCAUGUCAGGUUUUAAAACAGAACCAUGUCUCACAUUUACAGGGUUUGGUUUUGUGACAAAAUAUGCUAACAUAUUUUGUUACAAAAUCAGUUUAGUUUUAAUCCUAUUUUGCUGCAUUAAAAUAUGGUAAUCCACCAGAAAAGCAUAUUUUUUAGAAAAGUAUUGGUAUUAGUUUAUUUGAACUAGUUUACCCUCAUCUUUAAUCUUAAAGCCAUUAAACACAUCCUGAUCUUUUUA